UGCUCAUAGGAGAGUCGCUGCGCUCGUACGGAGUUUAUUUCAGUCAGAUCUUCAGUUUUGAGCUUCUCUCUCUCCUGCUUUUGGACUGAACUUCACAGGACUGCUUUUCCUCCGGGAUGGCCGCGUCGAUUCUGGAGGAGGAAACACGUUAUGGAUCCAGUCCCUUGGCUAUGCUAACCGCAACCUGCAAUAAAUUUGGGAGCACCAGUCCAGUCCGAGACUCUGCAACGCCUGGUAAAGCGGGAAGCGCAGCACCAAUUAGGAAAGCCUACAGCAUGACCUCUGAACUCCAGAGUCCAAAAAAUGGACGCGGUAACGAUGGCGUCGCGGACACUUACAGCGGCUCCUUCAGCUCCGCCGGCGGUUUGCUAACGCCAACCGGUAGCCCUCCUCCGGCUCCCACGGGAGCGUACGGCUCCGAAUACAACCCGUUCUCCACUUUCCAGACCUCGAGUGCCUCUCAGGACCCUUCGCUCUUGGGGACCAAAGCUACAGCGGACUGCCUAGCAAGUGUCAACACUUACUUAGACAUGACGCAUCCUUAUGGCUCAUGGUACAAGAGCAUCCAUUCCGGGAUCACGGGCUCUCCCGCGAACACCACUUCUUCUUGGUGGGACGUCCACACCAACUCAAACUGGCUUAGCGCUGGGCAACCUCAACCUGAAAGCCUCCAAGCGCAAUUGCAGCCGGUGGCUCCGCAAGCAUCCCUAAAUCCACAGAUGCAGAGCUACACUCCCGAUUUUACGCCUCUCAAUCCAGCGCAGUACUCGUCCGUGGGGUUGAGUUCGUCUUCACACUUGCUCCAGUCGCCGCAGCACAUGAUCCCGCAGGACAUGUACAAACCCAAGCCUGUGUCCACAUCUGGGAUCCUUGACAAUCCAAUGGGGAUCAAACCAACUCGAGGUUCGGGCGGAUACACCGGCGGCUCCUCCACCGGCAGGUCUUCGUGCGAUUGUCCGAAUUGCCAGGAGCUUGAAAGGCUUGGAGCGUCCGCCGCAUCCCUACGCAAGAAACCCGUUCACAGCUGCCACAUUCCCGGUUGCGGAAAAGUCUACGGAAAAGCUUCGCAUCUAAAAGCUCAUCUUCGUUGGCACACGGGCGAGCGACCCUUCGUCUGCAACUGGUUGUUCUGCGGAAAACGCUUCACUCGCUCCGACGAACUCGAGCGCCACGUCCGCACGCACACUCGGGAAAAGAAGUUCACGUGUCUCCUGUGCAACAAGCGCUUUACUCGUAGCGACCACCUUAGCAAACACCAGAAGACGCACACCGAAACUAAAGGCCCGGAAGAGGAGGCCGAGACGAGAGGAACCGAGGAGCCGACGGAUUCCGCUAAAGUGGAUCCCGCCGCGGGGAUGCAGGAUGCUAGCGGCGGUGGAGAGGAAAAGAGCAACACAGGGAAUGGUGUGGACAACAGUAGCGGGCUUCUGGAGAUAUAAACCGUAAGACUCUGACGAGCGGAGCUACUGGUG